CAUGUAUUAGAACAUCCAUAACCUAACUACAUACUGCAACAUACAUGUUUGCCUGUAUCUUGAUUUAUUUGAUUCGGGGGAAAUCUUAGGUAUUCAUGUUCAACUAUAUGGCUACUUUACACACUAACUGGAUAUGAUAUUCUACACAACAUGUUUAUAACACAAAGCAGUUUUGGACAACAUAAACAUUGCGUAGCAUUGGAUUGAUUUUUUCACGACUAAUUGAACACUGUCACAUUAGGGAGAAUUACCAACAGGCAUGAGUUCGUCCAUCUGAUGUCAAUUAAUAGCCAUGCAGACUUUUGCAGUUUUGUGGAUUAUCAAUCUGAUAUGUACGAUUUUAUAUAUUAUGUGAGAAUAUUAAGACCAAGAUAUGGUUGAGGAAUCAACAAGAUGCGUGGAUGGAAUUUUGAUGGAAAUGGAAGAAGGGUGGGAUCAACAUAGAUAAAAAGGUGGAUUAUAUCAUCAGAUGCUAAUUACAAUAUCUCACCUUGAAGAAAAAGUGUAAAUACCAUAAAAAACUCUACACUUUCUAGGCCAGGUUGACUACGAAAUGGGGACCGAGGGCAUUGUAGCUGUAUUUCUAAUGAUCGUACAAGGUUGUUAUGGUAACCCGGAUGCUAAGAGACUGUACGAUGACCUACUAAAGAAGAGUGGCUACAAUAAACUGAUACGACCCGUUCUGAACAAUUCAAACACGUUGACAGUGGAACUAGGUCUGAGGCUGUCACAAGUCAUUGACAUAGACGAGAAGAAUCAGAUUAUGACAACUAAUGUUUGGCUUACACAGGAGUGGGAUGACUAUAAACUACACUGGGAUCCAAAAGAAUAUGGUGGAGUUGACAGAUUGUAUGUUCCAUCGACAGAAAUAUGGCUGCCAGAUAUUGUGUUGUACAAUAAUGCUGAUGGAAAUUAUGAGGUGACACUUAUGACAAAAGCAACUCUAUAUUCCAAAGGACGUGUAAAGUGGGAACCACCCGCCAUCUACAAAAGCUCCUGCGAGAUUAACGUAGAAUUUUUCCCAUUUGACGAGCAAGUAUGCAGGAUGAAAUUUAGCUCGUGGACGUAUGAUGCGUACCAGGUAGACUUGAUACAUGUCGGCCAAAGACUGAAGAACAAGGGAAAGGAUAAUGCUCUGAUUGAGCGGGGAGUUGAUCUCAGGGACUACUAUCGUAGUGUAGAAUGGGAUUUACUUUCCGCCCCUGCGAGAAGAAAUGAGAAGUUUUAUCCGUGUUGUGUUGAGCCCUACCCGGACAUCACAUUCACCAUUGAAAUGCGUCGCAAAACUUUAUUCUAUACUGUAAAUCUCAUUAUCCCCUGUGUAGCUAUUUCCUUCCUCACUGUAUUGGUAUUCUAUCUGCCUUCUAAUAGUGGUGAGAAGAUUACUUUAUGUAUCUCCAUCCUUCUCUCAUUGACUGUGUUCUUCUUGCUGCUUGCCGAGAUCAUUCCGCCGACAUCUCUAGUGGUGCCACUGAUCGGCAAGUACUUACUCUUCACUAUGAUUCUAGUCACCCUCAGCAUCAUAGUGACUGUGGUGGUACUCAAUGUACAUUUCCGAUCACCAUCAACACAUGUUAUGUCACCAUGGGUGAGAAAGGUGUUCCUAAAUAUCCUUCCACGCCUGAUGAUCAUGCGCAGGCCAAAACCUGAUAAAGACAAAGUCCCGAAAGUGAUGGUGCGCACAUGUAAUGGUAUUGAGAUUAGAGACACGUUGACCGAGCGAAGACGUGGCAAUUAUACUUUUGCAAACAGACAUGACGAGAUGGAUGCUUUAGAAGCGGAAAUGAAUGCCAUGCCGGGCCUGCGUCUACGACACCCAGACCCUGCGAUCAACAAAGCUAUAGAGGGAGUGAACUAUAUCGCUACGCAUUUAAAAGAAGAAGAUGAAAAUGACCAGAUUAUGGAGGACUGGAAGUAUGUGGCUUUAGUGCUAGACAGACUUUUUCUUUGGAUUUUUACAACUGCUUGUAUCGUUGGAACAUUCGGGAUUAUUCUUCAGGCUCCUACACUCUACGAUGACAGAGAACCGAUCUCACUGACAUCUAUCGACGAUUGUUAUUCUGAUUCUGGUUAUUCCAGGUGUUAA